AUGGAGUCAUCACUGCUGGAAGCGCCUUGCAAGACGGAGCAGCAGGAGAACGGGGCCCUGCCGGGCUGCAUCCUGAAACACAUCGCCGACCCACUUCUCGCAGCUGCAGGAAUGCCCCACCAGCACUACAACCAUGGGGAUGCCUUCUGGGCGACCUGCUGUGCCUGGGUCGGAACGAUCUCGAGCAUGGACAGCCUCGAAGCUUGGGAACGUCUCCCCAUGGGCGAGCGUGUCAAGCAUGUGCCAGAGGAUUUCCUGCGACAGUGGGUCGGGCAGCAAGGCGACGCCGCGGUGCGGACAAUGCUGCGGCAGGCAGCCGUGUGGUCGGAGCACUACAACAAGCUUGCGGACUUGCAGAUGCAGCAGAUGAUGGGAGCAGAGUGGCGUCCAACAGACCAGUAUGCCGUGCCACCGGAAGUGCGGCAGCAGCUUUGUGACGGCCUUUUUGCUGGUGACUACAUCUUCAAUGAUCUGAGGCCGCUGUUCGAGGACUGCCAGAUGGAUGAGGUUUGUUUAGGCAUUGCCUUGGAAGCUGCACUUGUCAAGAUCGAAGACUACAAGUGCCGGCACCCCGGCAGCAUGUUCGCCUUUGUCUUGAUCUGCAAUGAGAAAGCAUCCACGGUGCUCAGCUGCUCGCACUCUGCUUGCUCCAGUCUGCACUAUGACAGCCAUUGCUGCAAUCUACAUGAUCUGGAGCAGUCCGCAAGUCUGCUCUUCAAGACACCCGACGAGCUGCUUCGCCAUCUCUGCUGCCAGGACUUGUAUCGAGCGGAUGCAGCUUCCCAUGUGUGGGCAUUCCGGUGCGAGUGCAAGUUUCCAUGCUGUGCUGCCCCAGACUUGGAGGAUGUGUCUCGCGGGUGCAAGCUGAAUUACCGGUCAGCUCCAGUGAAGCCCGAGAUCGCACCGUCCUCGAUGGUCGGUGUGGAGCUCUUCAAGCAAGUCCAACGUGCGGGGCCCAUCAAAGUGGACCGGGAUCAGACACCACCGAGGAAGCGGGGCCGUGCACCGGACAGCAGCCCAGAGAAGACAUCAAACUCGGCCAAGCGGGCAGCCCUCAAGACCGACAAGGACGUUGGAGCCGAGGCAGAAGCCGGCGAUGCAGCAUGCACCCGGCAGUGUGAUGCAAUGCUGGUUUACGACGACGACGAGCCCGAUAUGGACCACGAGCCGGUGAAGAAGAAGACGAGCAGGAAGAGUCAGAGGCAGUGGAAGACUGAGGUCGCAGAAGGAAAGCGGCUCUGUUUUGCCGUGGAAAUCUCCUACCACAAGGACUUCGCUCCACUGCACAAAAACAAGGUGGGGCCCGGACAUUGGCAGGAGUUCCUCAGGGCGGUCGCUGGAGUUGAGGUCCACAUCUCCUGCAAGCAGUGCGAAGCUUUGCUGUGCAAGGUAAGCAAGGCCUCAGCUUCUCUUGAACCUCCUGUCGUACAGCAUGCAGUGAAGGCCGAAGCUUCUUCUGAAGCCCCUGCUCUACAGGAUGCAGAGUCGAUUGCCGAAGAGUGCCAAGAGACGGUUCCUCCCAAGGACUCGGAUGCUUGUGUUGUUGCAAAGACUUCAGGCUCAGCAUGUGCCUCACAUGCUGCUUUCCUGGCUCGCCUGGCUGAUCUGAAGCGCGAAGAAGGGCUUCAGGAGGUUGUCAAGAAAGGCCGCAAGCCCAAGCAUCGCGAGGUUCACCUGACGGAAGACCUCUUCCUGUGGCUCGAGGAACGACGGAAGGGCCUCUAUGAGAACCUCAACACCGUCAAAUUGCACCUGAAGUGCAGGGUCUGCAACCAGACAUUCAGUGCGGUGCGGCGCAGCACCGUGUUCUUUGUACUUCAACAUGAGGCACAGGCCACCCACCACGAGGCCGCAUUGGAUCGGCCUCGAACCCCCUGUUCCGGCAUGGACUUGGGUGCAACACGCCUUACACACCGGACCCGAGCCCACGAGAUCGAGAAGUCCAUCGCCCUUUGGGCUGCCCACGGUGGGCCUUGGCACUUCGCUCAGUACCAGGCCGAGUGUGUUCUUCGGGACGACGGUGGCAUCGUGGUCCGGUCCAAGAAGUGUGCUGAGGAUGCGACGCCCAGACUUGUCACCCAGCAGCUACCCUUCUGUGCCUCAUGCAAGGCCUUGUGCUCCUCGGAGGAGUGGUGCAAAAGGGUCUGUGGUUGGAGCUACAGGAUCGAGCUCGCACAGCUGGUCCAGGCGACGUUUCUCCAGGACUCCAUCCUUCGAGCCGAGGUUCUUGAGCGGAUGUGUCAAGCAGACUGGCAGAUGCACCACCCCGUGGCCAUGAACGAACUGAUCGAGGCGGACUACCCUGUCAUCUGCGACCGCCUGAAGGAGCUCUUCAACCGGAUCCCCCUGGUGAUUCAGACGCUAAGCCUCCGGAGCAGCAUACCGUUUCGGGUUGUCCACGGUUCUUGA